UAACCGACUGAGCCCCAGAUUUGUAAAAUAUUCUUAGUUGGAGAAGAAUGAGGUUCUAGAGGGAAGUAACAGUAAUAACUAUCAACUCUGCUUCUUGAUAUACUGCAGGCAGAGGAGAUGGAAAAUGACAACAGCACAAUAGUGAAAGAAUUCAUCCUUCUUGGUCUGACACAGUCUCGAGAUAUUCAGCUCCUGGUCUUUGUGCUAAUUUUAAUUUUCUAUCUCAUCAUCCUUCCUGGAAAUUUCCUCAUCAUCCUCACCAUCAGAUCAGACCCUGGGCUCACAGCUCCCCUCUACUUCUUUCUGGGUAACUUGGCCUUCCUGGAUGCAUCCUAUUCCUUCAUUGUAGCUCCUAGGAUGCUGGUGGACUUUGUUUCUGAGAAAAAAGUAAUCUCCUACAGGGGUUGCAUCACUCAGCUCUUUUUCUUGCACUUCCUUGGAGGAGGGGAAGGAUUACUCCUUGUUGUGAUGGCCUUUGACUGCUACAUUGCUAUCUGUCGGCCUUUACACUAUUCAACUGUCAUGAACCCUAGAGCCUGCUAUGCCUUGCUGUUGGCUCUGUGGCUUGGAGGCUUCAUCCACUCCAUUAUGCAGGUGGCCCUCAUCCUCCGCUUGCCCUUCUGUGGCCCAAACCAACUGGAUAACGUCUUCUGUGAUGUGCCACAAGUCAUCAAGCUGGCCUGCACAGACACUUUUGUGGUGGAACUUCUGAUGGUCUUCAACAGUGGUCUGAUGACCCUCCUCUGCUUCCUGGGCCUUCUGGCCUCCUAUGCAGUCAUCCUUUGCCGUGUACGUGGGUCUUCUUCUGAGGGGAAGAGCAAGGCCGUUUCCACAUGCACCACCCAUAUUAUUGUUAUAUUUCUCAUGUUUGGGCCUGGCAUCUUCAUCUAUACUCGCCCCUUCAGAGCCUUCCCAGCUGACAAGGUGGUUUCUCUUUUUCACACAGUGAUCUUUCCUUUGUUGAAUCCUGUGAUUUAUACCCUUCGCAACCAGGAAGUAAAAGCUUCUAUGAGGAGGCUGUUUAAUCAGCACAUAGCCUAA